AUGGCUCUUCGUCAAACGUCGGUUUGCCUCGUUAGAACCUCGUCUCGCAUCAUGAACCUUGGCGACCCUGGAUCGGGAGCUGGAAAGUCUGGCGGAAGCGGUGGAUCGAUUCGCGAUGCUGGUGGUGCUUUCGGGAAAAUGGAGGCUGCUCGAGAGGGAGAGUACUUCCACAAGCUUCAGAAGAAACAAAUCGCCGAAAUGAAGAAGCAUCUUGCUGACACCAUCAAGCAGACGGAGGCACAGCUGCAACGCCAUAAGGAACAACUAGCUGAGCUCGAAACUACCCAGAAGAAG